AUAUAUAUUUUCUGUUAUAUUGAAUAUAAGUUUUAUUGUAUAGUAAUCAUUUUAUUUUAGAUAAUGCAUGUUUAGUUUUUAUUUUAAAUGUGAUAUAUACUUUUUUAAUAUGAUAUAUACAAUUUCUUUAAUAAUAUUAUAUUAUUAUGUUUUAUUUUUUAUUGUAGUUAUAUACGUUUUCUUGUAUGAUAUAUAUUUUUUGUUGUCUACAGUAUAUUAUUUAUUUAAGAUGAUAUUUAGUUUCUAUUGGGAAAUUUGAAUUUAUAUGCUUAAAAUACCAUAUUAUUUUUCCCCUAAAUCCAAACUUAAUAAAAUUGGUAAUAUAUGACCAAUUUACCAAAUUUCCAAAUUUAACCCUCUCAUUUGAAAUUCAACCUCUCUCUCUUCCUCACUCUUCUCUCAAACGGUAUCCCCUAAAAAACCCAAAACCCCAACUCAGCCCGUCGAACCACCGAGCAACCGAGCAACUCGCAACCCAACUCAGCCACAGCCGUCGAACCACCGGCGUGGAACCUGAACCCGACCAACCGAGCAACUCGCAACCCGACCCCCACUCCGAAAAUGUCAAAGGUAAGUGGUUUUUUUUUUGUUUUUUUUCUUAGAAAUGGUUUAUAGAUUUAUUUAGUUUGAGUUGUGAAAUAUUAUUGGUAAGAUUUAAGAAAUUUAUUGUGAAAAUGGGAUUCGGAUCCGUAAAAAUUGGAUUUUGACUGUAAAAAAUGGUGAAUAUGCGUUCGGAUUUGGGGGGGAAGAAGGUGGCCCGAUGGGGAAGAAGGUGGCCCGAUGGUCUAUUUGGUAUGGGCCCGAUGGUCCAAUAAAGUGGGCCCGAUGGUCUAUCUGGUAGGGCCCGAUGGUUCAAUAAGUAGGUCCGAUGGUCCUAUUUGGUAUGGGCCCGAUGGUCCAAUAAAGUGGGCCCGAUGGUCCGAUAGGGUACCAAUCGAACCCAUCGGUCCAAUUGGACCCAAUUUUUUUUUUUUUUUCGUUUUUUUAAAUAUUAAUGGGGCCGAUGCUUAGUAAUUAUUUUGUAUGGGUCCGAUGGCUACCAAUCGGACCUCACAGUGGGUCCGAUUUGUAGCCAUCGGACCCUUGGGUUGAUUUUUUUUUUUUUUUGGUUUUAUUAAUUAGUAAUUAUUAUUUAUUGAAUAUUGUUUUUUUUAUUAAUUAUUGUUUUAGUAUUAAUUAUUGUUUUAGUAUUAAUAAUUGUUUUAUUAUUAAUUAUUGAUUAUUGUUUUUCUAUUAAUAAUAAUUUUAUAUUAUUUACUAGGUAUUGUUUUAUAUUAAUAGUUGUUUUAUAUUAAUUAUUAAUUAUUUUUUAUUAUUAAUUAUUAAUAAUUGUUUUACAUUAAUUAUGAAUAAUUGUUAUAUUAAUAAAUUGUUUAUUAAUAAUUGUUUUAUAUUAAUGAUUGAUAAUUAUUUUAUUAAUAAUUUUUUUAUUAUUAAUGAUUAAUUAUUGUUUUGUUAUUAAUUAUGAAUUAGUGUUUUUUUUCUAUUAAUAAUCCUUCUAUUAAUAAUUUUUUUUAUUAUUAAUGAUUAAUUAUUUUUUGUUAAUUAUUAAUUAAUGUUUAUUAUUAAUUAUUAACUAUUGUAUUAAUUUGUAUUGUUUUAUUAAUUAUUAUUUUUUUACUAAUUAUUAAUUAUUAAUUUGUAUUAUUUAUUAAUUAUUUUUUUAUUAUUAAUUAUUAAUUUUUGUAUUAAUUUUUAUUGUCUCAUUAAUUUUUUAUUAUUUAUUGAUUAUUGUUUUAUUAUUAAUGAUUAAUUAUUGUAUUAUUUUUUAUUGUUUUAUUAUUUAUUAAUUUUUUACUAAUUAUUAGUUAUUAAUUAUUAAUUUUUGUUAAUUAUUAAUUAAGGUUUAUUAUUAAUUAUUAUUUUUUUACUAAUUAUUAAUUAUUAAUUUGUAUUAUUUAUUAAUUAUUGUUUAUUAUUAAUUAUUAUUUUUUGUAUUAAUUUUUAUUGUCUUAUUAAUUUUUUAUUAUUUAUUGAUUAUUGUUUUAUUAUUAAUGAUUAAUUGUUGUUUAUUUAUAGGUUUAGGGUGUAAUAUAAUUUUUUUUUUCAGUCUUCCAAAGUUCCACGACUUUUACUGCCAGUGUCUGAACAUUACACUGGUCGUGUUACUUGGCGGGGCGGUAGUUACUAUUACCCCAAAGUAAAAGCCAAGUUUGUACAAAUGCAGUUGUUGGAAAGGGUGAAGGAGGAAUCCCCUUUCAACAAUUUUUUUGAGAGAGAGCCAUUAGCGUUUUCAGGUGCUCUUAUCCAUCAGCUCUUCAUGCAUAAGAUAAAAUCAGAUAAAGAUGAUGAGGUGCAUUUUUAUAUUGCAAAGAAGAGAUGCCGAUUCGGCCGAACUGAGUUUGCCUUGGUGACUGGGCUUAAUUUGUUACGUGGACCGACUGAGGCUGAGGUUUCGGAGAGGGCGACGUCAGACCGUUUGAUAGUAGAAUAUUUUAAUGGGGAUCCAUCUAUCAGCAUUGGUCGUCUGCGCAGCGUCUUUGAGAGUUGCACUGAGAAGGAUGAUUGUUACAAGUUGGGUUUGGUGCUGUUCGUGAUGGGUGUUCUGACUGGGAAAGAAGAGAAGAACCUGGUUCCCCCAUUUAUCAUUAGAAUGGUUGAGGACCUCCCUUUUUUCUACAAUUACCCGUGGGGGAAAAUUUCUUUCAACUUGUUGAAAGAUACUUGGAGUAAGGACUUCGUACAAAAGAAAAAGCAUAUGGAUGAGAAGAUUGUGAAGGGAACGACUCAGAAGGAGUCAAAGUAUUCGGCCUAUGGAUAUGCUGUAGCAUUGCAGUAUUGGGCUUAUGAGUCCAUCCUCGAGCUUGCUGAGAAAUUUGCAAUCAGAAGAUCGCAUCGCUUUCCCCGAAUGGUGAACUGGGAGAGUAAGGAUGCCCCACUCGGGAAAGAGGAAGUCAUCAGAUUAUUUGCAAAAAAAUUGACAGUGUACUCCGUUUUAUGUCCGCGGAGUAAUGAGGCCGAGUUUUUGAGCCACGUCACUGGAGGUGAGGCGCCUCUAUUUGUGGAUAUGGAAGAAUUGGUUAUUGGCGAUGAUGGUCAGCCUACUCAGGAUAGUUUGCGCAGCCAAGCUUCAAAGCUUGCACUCACGCUAGAACAGCGAGCGGAGGAAGCUGGAAUCUUCAGAGAUGAUACACCACCACAUUCUCCACCAUCAGGGGCCCGUUCUGUUCCACCGUCUGCCUCAAUGCCCGAUUCUCGCAUCUAUGCCGCAACGGCAUCUAUUCCCGGCACCUCACGGCCUCGGGUGCCAAUAUCUUCUCGCCAUAUUGGCAAGAUUGGAGCGUGUUGA